CUGGCUACCGUAGAGUGGUAUCUUCCCAAACCGUCAAUAACAAACAGUAUCAGGAUUCAUUAAUGGAUGAAAUCCACUUACAUUCGCACCGCUGUCUCUCUCCGAUUCAUCUUAUUUGCACAUACUUUUUGCACCAUCAAAUUCCACCCGCGAUCCAGAUGCUGCACUCCUCCUCCCUGCUCGCUCCUCUCAUUUUAUCUGCAUUCGCCACCACCACCGCCGCCGCUGAAGGCACAACACCUUCACUCCCGCCUACCUGUUGUUUCCACUCCGCGAUCCAUCCUCCAACUACGUGUUUCAGACUCCGGGAAUGGCUUCUUCGGAAGCCGAUUCCCGCUUAGAGCGAGUUUUGGUACCCGCGCUUGAGAAGAUCAUUAAGAAUGGCUCCUGGCGCAAGCAUUCCAAACUUUCCGCUGAAUGUAAGUCCGUUAUCGAGAACCUGACGCUACACAAGCAAUGCCCCAUCGAGGCGCCGGCUUCCGACCAGUCCGAUUCUGAGGUGUUGUCUCUCCCUGGUGUUCUCCUGGACCUGUCGCUGUAUGAAUCCGAGUUUUUUCUUAGCCCGCUGAUCAAUGCGCUCUCCGCUAAUCAUGUUAGAGUUGCAGAACCUGCUCUUGAUGCGGUGCAGAAAUUGAUUGCGCAUGGGUACCUACACGGCGAGGCGGACUCCAGUGAAGGCCCGGCCUCGAAACUGCUGUCCAGAUUAAUUGACUCUACGUGCAAAUGCCAUGAUUUGGGGGAUGAGAAUGUGGAAUUGUUGGUGAUCAAGACGCUUCUGACCGCUGUUACCUCUUGCGCAUUGCGCAUUCACGGGGACUGUUUGUUGCAGGUUGUGAAGACUUGUUAUCAUAUUUAUAUAAUUAGUAAGAAUGUGGUGAAUCAGACUACUGCAAAAGCGUCGUUGGUCCAGAUGCUGGUUAUUGUGUUUAGAAGAAUGGAGGCUGAUUCAUCAACUGUGCCGUUGCAGCCCAUUGUCGUGGCGGAGCUGAUGGAACCGCUGGAGAAGGCAGAUGUUGAUGGUUCAACGGCUAUAUUUGUUCAGGGUUUCAUUACUAAGAUAAUGCAGGACAUUGAUGGGGUUUUUAGUCCUAGUACACCAAGGGGUGGGCGGGUAUCAGGGGUGGCGUUGCAUGAUGGAGCAUUUGACACUAAGGCACCGAGUGUGGAGGGCACUACUCCUGCAGAUUUGUUGGACUCGACAGAUAAGGAUAUGUUGGAUGCAAAGUACUGGGAAAUCAGUAUGUAUAAGACGGCAUUGGAGGAAAGGAAAGGAGAGUUGGCGGAUUGUGAGGGGGAAAGGGAUGAUGAUUUGGAGGUUCAGAUUGGGAAUAUGUUAAAACGAGAUGCAUUUUUAGUUUUUCGGGCUUUGUGUAAGCUCUCAAUGAAGACUCCACCCAAAGAUGCCAUGGCGGAACCUCAGGUAAUGAAGGGGAAAAUUUUGGCCUUGGAGUUGCUCAAGAUCUUGUUGGAGAAUGCCGGGGCAAUAUUUAGGACUAGUGAAAGAUUUUUAGAUGCUAUAAAGCAGUACUUGUGUCUGUCGCUGUUGAAGAACAGUGCCUCAACCCUUAUGAUUAUUUUCCAGCUUUCUUGCUCAAUAUUUAUAAGUUUGGUCUCACGAUUUAGAGCUGGACUGAAGGCAGAAAUUGGAGUGUUUUUCCCUAUGAUUGUUCUCAGAGUAUUAGAAAAUGUCUCACAACCAAAUUUUCAGCAAAAGAUGACAGUUCUUCGAUUUCUGGAAAAGCUAUGUGAUGAUUCACAGAUCCUCAUAGACAUAUUCCUUAACUAUGAUUGUGAUGUUAAUGCUUCAAACAUAUUUGAGAGGAUGGUGAAUGGACUACUUAAAACUGCUCAAGGUGUUCCACCUGGUCUUUCGACUACGCUUCAGCCUCCUCAAGAUGGUACCAUGAAGCUAGAAGCUCUAAGAUGCUUGGUUGCAAUUUUGAAGUGCAUGGGUGACUGGAUGAAAAAACAAUUGCGAAUUCCAGAUUCUCAUUCGAAGAAAUUUGAAGUUAUGGACAACAGUUCUGAUCCUGGAAGUGUCCAUCUGGUGAAUGGCAAUGGAGAUGAUCCAACAGAAGCAUCAUAUACUCACCCUGAAGCAAGUGAAGUUUCUGAUAUUUCAAAAAUUGAGCAGCGUCGUGCUUAUAAACUUGAACUUCAGGAAGGUAUCUCUCUUUUUAAUCGUAAACCCAAGAAAGGUAUUGAAUUCCUGAUAAAUGCAAAUAAGGUGGGGGACUCGCCUGAAGAGAUAGCAGCUUUCCUUAAAAAUACAUCUGGUUUGAAUAAAACUCUGAUUGGUGACUAUUUGGGUGAAAUGGAAGAUUUGCCGUUGAAAGUAAUGCAUGCAUAUGUUGAUUCCUUUGAUUUUGAAGACAUGGAAUUUGAUGACGCGAUCAGAAAGUUACUAGAGGGCUUUAGACUGCCAGGUGAGGCACAGAAGAUUGAUCGUAUUAUGGAAAAGUUUGCUGAACGCUACUGCAAAUGUAAUCCAGAGGACUUUAUAAGUGCUGACACAGCUUAUGUGCUUGCCUACUCCGUAAUAAUGCUGAACACUGAUGCUCAUAACCCUAUGGUGAAGAACAAGAUGUCAGCUGAGGAUUUUAUAAGGAACAAUCAGGGAAUUGAUGAUGGGAAAGAUCUACCAGAGGAGUACAUGAGAUCAUUGUUUGAGCGAAUUACAAAAAACGAGAUUAAAAUGAAAGAAGAUAAUUUCUCCAUCCAGCAGAAGCAGUCUGUGAACUCAAACAGAGUUUUAGGCUUAGAUAGUAUACUCAAUAUUGUAAUACGCAAACCAGGUGGUGACAAUAUGGAGACCGGUGAUGACCUCAUGAAACAUAUGCAGGAACAAUUCAAAGAAAAGGCUCGCAAAUCUGAGUCAAUUUAUUACCCUGCAACAGAUGUUGUGAUCCUCAAAUUCAUGAUUGAGGCAUGUUGGGCUCCCAUGCUUGCUGCUUUCAGUCUCCUUCUUGACCAGAGUGAUGAUGAAGUAAUAAUAGCUCUAUGCCUGGAAGGUUUUCGUAAUGCAGUCCAUGUUACAGCAACAAUGUCCAUGAAAACUCACAGAGAUGCUUUUGUUACAUCACUGGCAAAAUUUACUUCCCUCCACUCACCUGGAGAUAUAAGACAAAAAAGCAUUGAUGCAAUCAAGGUUAUAGUUACAAUAGCAGAUGAGAAUGGGAAUUACUUGCAGGAGGCAUGGGAGCACAUCUUAACAUGUAUUUCACGGUUUGAACAUUUGCAUAUGUUGCAUGACGGUGCUCCACUUGAUGCAGCUUUCCCUUCAAUUUCUCAGAAUGAACUCGACAAAUCUAAACAUGCCAAAUCAAAUUCUCUUCCUGUUCUAAGAAGGAAGGGGCCUGGUAAGAUUCAGAAUGCAGCUUCGGCUGUGAGGAGAGGUUCAUAUGAUAGUGCUGAUAUUGGUGGUAAUAUGGCUGCUGGAGUUACAUCUGAACAGAUUAAUAACUUGUUCUCUAACUUAAACAUUUUGGAACAAGUUGGUGAAAUGGACGACAUAUUCAUAAGGAGCCAAAACCUAAACAGUGAGGCAAUAGUUGAUUUUUUCAAGGCACUUUGUAAGGUAUCUAUGGAUGAACUGCGAUCAACAUCUAAUCCACGGACUUUCAGUAGUGCAAAGAUAAUUGAGAUAGCGCACCAAAACAUGAGUCGUAUUAGGCUUGUCUGGUCAAAAAUUUGGGAAGUUCUCUCUGAUUUCUUUGUGACCAUUGGCUGUUCAGAAAACCUUUCAAUUGCAAUUUUUGGAAUUGACUCUUUACGCCAAUUAUCAAUGAAAUUCUUGGAGAGGGAAGAAUUGGCUAACUAUAACUUUCAGAAUGAGGUUAUGAAGCCUUUUGUAAUUGUGAUGCGCAAGAGUGGUGCUGUUGAAAUUAGAGAAUUGAUUAUCAGAUGUGUUUCUCAGAUGGUGUUAUCUCGUGUCAAUAAUGUCAAGUCAGGAUGGAAGAGCAUGUUCAUGGUCUUCACGACAGCAGCUUAUGAUGACCAUAAGAACAUUGUCCUCCUGGCCUUUGAAAUAAUUGAGAAGAUUGUGCGGGACUAUUUCCCCUACAUCACGGAAACUGAGACCACCACGUUCACAGACUGCGUAAAUUGUCUUAUUGCAUUCUCCAAUAGCAGAUUCAAUAAGGAUAUUAGUCUUAAUGCCAUCCAGUUUCUCCGUUUUUGUGCUGCAAAACUUGCAGAAGGAGACCUAGGCAAGGGAACUUCUGGAAAGGUUCCAGCUUCACCUUAUAAAGGCAGGGGGACUUUUGGGGAGAUUGUUCCAUCUUCACCUUACAAAGGCAAGGGAAUUUCUGGAGAGGUUGUUCCAUCUUCACCUUAUAAAGGCAAGGGAACUUUUGGAGAGGUGGUUCCAUCUUCACCUUAUAAAGGCAGGGGGGAGGUUAUUCCAUCUUCACCUUAUAAAGGAAAAGAUAAAAAGUUUGACAUUUGGGAACCCAACGAUAAGGUGGAUCAUCUCUAUUUGUGGUUUCCUCUGUUGGCAGGUUUAUCUGAACUGAGCUUUGACCCAAGGCCUGAGAUCAGGCAGAGUGCUUUACAAGUACUCUUUGAUACUUUGACCAACUAUGGCCAACACUUUUCGCUGCCCUUGUGGGAAAAGGUGUUUGAAUCCGUCCUAUUUAGAAUCUUUGAUGAUGCUCGGCGUGCUAUUGAUCCAUCUAGUGAUAACUCCCCAAGGCACGUGGCUAUGAGCAACAUGGAGGAACUUGACCAAGAUGCAUGGCUUUAUGAGAUAUGCACAUUGGUUCUGCAACUGGUGGUAGAUCUUUUUGUUAACUUUUAUGACACUGUGAAUCCCGUUCUGAAGAAAGUGCUAAUGUUAUUGGUUAGCUUUAUUAAAUGUCCUCAUCAAAACCUAGCUGGUAUUGGUAUUACUGCUUUUGUUCGUUUGAUGAGCACUGUUGGGCAACUGUUUUGUGAGGACAAGUGGCUUGAGGUGGUUUCGUCUCUUAAAGAAGCUGCCAAGGCAACCCAUCCUGAUUUUUCUUUUGUGCAUAAUGAAGAUGAUGAAACCUGGGCCCGUGAUGAAGAUCUGGAAAGAAACAGUGGUGAUGAAUCUUCUGAGACAAUUACUUCCAAUGAUGAUUCGGAUAACUUGAGGAGACAUCGUCUAUAUGCAGCUAUAUCAGGUGUUAAGUCUCAAGCUUCUAUUCAGCUAUUACUAAUACAGGCUAUCAUGGAGAUCUAUGACAUGCAUAGAGCUCAACUAUGUGCGAAAAACACUGUUAUCCUCUUUGAAGCGGUUCAUUCUGUUGCAUUUCAUGCUCACAAGAUAAAUAGUGAUGUCUCAUUACGUCAAAAGCUGCAAGAACUUGGAUCCUUGACACAAAUGCAGGAUCCUCCUCUACUUAGGCUCGAGAAUGAAUCUUUCCAAAUUUGCCUCACAUUUCUACAGAAUCUUGUCCUUGAUAGGCCUCCUAGUUAUGAAGAGUCAGAAGUGGAGUCUUACCUUGUCAACCUCUGCCAGGAGGUCUUGCAAUCCUACAUCGGAGUUGCAUGCUCAGUGCAGAUGCCUGGUUCAUCCCUUGACAGACAGCGCCUAAGGAUGAUACCUUUAGGUUCUGGAAGAAGGAGAGAAUUGACUACACGAGCACCACUGGUUGUUGCAGCUCUACAUACUAUAUGUUGCUUAGAAGAUUCUUCGCUUCAGAAAUACCUGUCUGGCUUUUUUCCUCUGCUUGCGCAUUUGAUAAGUUGUGAGCACGGGUCAAAUGAGGUUCAACUCGCAUUAAGUGACAUGCUUAGCUCAUCAGUAGGUCCAGUUUUGCAGCGAUCGUGUUGAUCUGACCUGCAUUCUUUUGGAGAUGUAUGAUAAUUUUAUCAAAAAAUUCAAAUUUUCCUAGAGUAAUUGUUUUGGAAGUGUAGGAGUGUAGUGUAUGAAAAAUUGGAACAGUUUCCUAUCGCCAAGUGCUCUGGAGACCAUAGAACUUAACUUGGGGUUCCAUUAGGAUGUCCAGUUACCAGGAGCCCGGCAGUGUACAGAAUAUUUUGUAUGAGAAAAAAUUGUCCAUUUGGCAAUAUACUUGGAGUUUCUACUA